ACACACACUGGUUACCCUUGUGACCAGAGCUCCCCAGCGCUUGCGUAUUCAUCAGCGCGAGAGAGAGAUCGAUCCUUGUGUGCUGCUGUGUGAUUGAGUUGAGUUCAAUGUUGGCGAUGUGCGGAGAGAGGAAACCGCUGCACGCACCUCAAAGAAUGACAGCUCGGUUCAUCGGUCGUCUUCGAUUAACUUUGGAUGUUUAGCUGAUGUCGACUUUUUACUUUUUUCUUCAAUGGAACCAACAAGGCGACUAGUAAAAUCGCAGCCUUCACAGGAACAGCAAAACAAUGUGUUGGAAUUUAGUCUAAGAAGCAGUGGCUUCAGAUUCUAAAUAACGAACGUGAUAGACAUUAAGAUAUAAGUCAGUCGCCUGCUGCAGAUAUUCACCUAACUAUUGUGUUAUUAAUGAUCCCAAAUAUCAGCCAGAGCUAAGAGUACGUUUUCCUACAGCCUAGUGUUGCCCAUUUAGCGCAUAGCCUUGUCUACUUGGCAGACGCUCCUGGCAUACAUAGAGAGCUCUUAUAUAAACGGUUUCUGCGUUUAAAAAAACUAGUCAAUUCAAGAAGACAACAGUUCAAUUCUACAGUUCAACCUGAAUUGAAGGAGUUAGGAGAUCAAUGAUUUGCACUCUAGUGCGAGUGGUACGCAACGAGAUGUCUCUCUCAUGAGGCGCAAAGUCUUUACAGCUUCGCAUCUUCCAUUGACAGGAGAGUUGCUGGGAGAGCCACCGGGAGACCAUCAACCAAGAAACUCGAUAGGCUGUCCAGAGACAAUCUGUGGAAGAGAUACACAAAAUGGCGAGACAUAACCAUCGAAAUUGAGGCCACCUCACGCACUCUGUGUGUUUGUUCCUGCCAGCCCCCCUGUGGUUGAUGGUGAUGCCUGAGCCCAACCCAGCAAUGCAGAAGACGAGAACCUGGUGGUGGCAGGGCCGACUGGGAGUUUCUCUGCUGUUUUUGGUUUUCCCGCUCCUCAGGACCGAACCGCUCCAACUCGAACUGUCGUUCAAUGGACUUUCGGAGCCCCAGAAUGUAACACUGGCUGCUAUCCUGCCUUUGCACAACACUGAAUACCCGUGGGCCUGGCCUCGCGUGGGACCCGCUCUGAUCAGAGCUCUGGAGCGAGUCAAUGACGAACCCACCCUGCUGCCGGGCCACCGCCUCCGCAUCGUCUACGACAGCAGCGAAAGCAAAGACGGAGUCUGCUCCGACUCAGUGGCGCCAUUGGUGGCCGUGGACCUCAAGUUCUCCUACGACCCGUGGGCCUUCAUCGGGCCUGGCUGCGACUACGCUUCGUCUCCUGUGGGCCGCUUCACCACCCACUGGGACGUUCCCAUGGUGACGGCCGGGGCAGCGGCCAUCGGCUUCAACAUGUACACGUCCAUCACCAACACGGGCCCCACACACAAGAAGCUGGGCGAGUUUGGGGUGCGCCUGCAUCGCCAUUUUGGCUGGCACAGGCACGCCAUGCUCAUGUUCAGCGACAACAAAGACGACGACCGGCCAUACUACUUUACGGCAGAGGGGUUGUACACGCAGCUGCAGCUGGACAACAUCACCACAGCAGACAAGGUCUUCAAUGAGAAGACUGGACCGGUCCAGUAUGAUGACCUCAUCAGUGACAUAAGCCAGAGUGCCCGAGUGGUGUACAUGUGCUGCUCAUGGGACACUUUCCGGAGGCUGAUGGUACAGUUCUGGAGGGAGGGCCUGCCCCCGGAGGACUAUGCCUUCUUCUUCAUCGACCUGUUCGGCCACAGCCUGAGGAAGCGGCCCGCUAGGCCCUGGUACAGAGGAGACGCAGACGACCACGCCGCCAAAAAGGCCUUCAGGAGUGUGAAGAUCCUGACCUACAAAGAGCCACAGAACCCGGAGUACAAGGAGUUUGUUUCCAACCUGAAGACGGACGCCAUGAACAUGUUCAACUUCACCGUGGAAGACUCGCUGAUGAACCUGAUAGCAGGAGGCUUCUAUGACGGCGUGAUGCUUUACUCUCAGGCCCUGAAUGAGACCAUGACAGAGGCAGGGGGCCGGCCGCGAGGGGACACCGUCACCAAGAGGAUGUGGAAUCGCACGUACCAUGGUGUUACUGGCUUGGUUCAGAUUGAUGGGGCAGGUGAUCGGGAGAUUGACUUUGCCUUGUGGGACAUGACUGAUCUUGACUCUGGGGUCUUUCAGAUCGUGUCCGUCUACAACAGCACCCUGAAGGAGCUGGUUCCAGUGCCGGGCAUGAAGGUCCAGUGGCCGGGGGGCACCCCCCCCCAAGACAUCCCCGAAUGUGGCUUCAAGAACGACAAGCCCGCCUGCUUAGCACGGACGGUCACUAUACACCAGAUGGUGGCCAUUGUGGCUUGCUUCAUCUUCGUCAUCAUCGUCACUGUCACCGUCUUCAUCUACAGGAAGCUGAAAUUGGAGAAUGAGUUGGCUGCUCAGCUCUGGCGAGUGCAAUGGGAAGACGUGCAGAUGAGUGACCUGGAGAAAGUGCUGCGCAGGGCCUGCAGCAGACUCACCCUGUCUCUGAGAGGCUCCAACUAUGGCUCCUUCCUGACCAUGGAAGGAAACUUCCAGAUCUACGCUAAAACUGGCUACUACAAGGGAAACAUUUCGGCCAUUAAGUACGUCACUAACAAGAAGCGCAUCGAGCUCACCAGGAGGGUUCUCUUCGAGCUCAAACAUAUGCGUGAUGUUCAAAACGAGCACUUGACUCGCUUUAUCGGAGCCUGUAUCGAUCCUCCUAACAUCUGUAUCAUCACAGAGUACUGUCCUCGGGGCAGCCUGCAGGAUCUUAUGGAGAGCGAGACAAUCACCUUGGACUGGAUGUUCAGAUACUCUCUGAUCAACGACAUUGUUAAGGGAAUGGCCUUCCUUCACAACAGCGUCAUCGUCUCCCAUGGUAACCUGAAGUCCUCUAACUGCGUGGUGGACAGUCGCUUUGUUCUGAAGAUCACUGACUACGGGCUGGCUAGCUUUCGCGAAAAGUCUAAUAUGGAGGACACACACGCCUACUAUGCCCGGAAAUUGUGGGCAGCUCCAGAGCUGCUGAGGGCAGAUAGUCCCCCGCCAUGUGGCACACAGAAAGGUGACAUCUACAGCUUCGGCAUCAUUCUGCAGGAGCUGGCCCUGCUCCGAGGUGUCUUCCACGUCGAGGGGGACACCCUCAGCCCCAAAGAGAUCGUAGAACGCGUAGCGCUGGGCCAGUGGCCCUACCUGCGGCCCUCCCUCUGCCCCCAGAGCCACAGUGAAGAGGUGGGCCAGCUCAUGCAGCGCUGCUGGAACGAGGACGUGAACGAGAGGCCCGAAUUCCACCACAUCAAGCUGCUGCUGCGCAAACACAACAGAGGUUAUGGGUCUAAUAUCCUGGACAACCUGUUGUCUCGUAUGGAGCAGUACGCCAAUAACCUGGAAGAACUGGUGGAGGAAAGAACACAGGCUUACCAUGAAGAGAAACGCAAGGCCGAGGCACUGCUCUACCAGAUACUUCCACACUCUGUAGCGGAGCAGCUGAAGAGAGGGGAGACGGUGCAGGCUGAGGCCUUUGACUCGGUCACCAUCUACUUCAGUGACAUUGUGGGCUUUACCGCCAUCUCAGCAGAGAGCACGCCCAUGCAGGUGGUGACCCUAUUGAAUGACCUCUACACGUGUUUCGAUGCCAUCAUCGACAACUUCGAUGUUUAUAAGGUGGAGACGAUAGGCGAUGCGUACAUGGUGGUGUCUGGGCUGCCCGUGAGGAACGGCAAUCUGCACGGCCGAGAGAUCGCCCGCAUGUCGCUAGCCCUGCUGGAGGCCGUACACUCCUUCAGGAUCCGCCACAGACCUGCCCAGCAGCUCUUUCUGCGCAGCGGCAUCCACAGUGGCCCAGUGUGCGCUGGUGUUGUAGGACUGAAGAUGCCUCGGUUCUGUCUGUUUGGAGACACAGUCAACACAGCCUCUCGCAUGGAGUCCAAUGGGGAGGCCCUGAAGAUCCACGUGUCGGAGGCCACGCGCGUGGUGCUGGACGACUUCAACUGUUUCCAGCUGGAGCUGAGGGGAGACGUGGAGAUGAAGGGCAAAGGGAGGAUGAAGACCUACUGGCUACUGGGGGAGAGCACCAGCAACAUGGCUUAGGAGAGAGAGAGAGAGAGAGAGAGAGAGAGAGAGAGAGAGAGAGAGCGUGGGAGAGCGAGAGAAGGAGAGAGAGCGAGACACAGGAGAGACACGGAGAGAGAGAGAGAGAGAGAGAGAGAGAGAGAGAGAGAGAGAGAGAUGCAUACUGUUUAGACUGUAUUAGAGAGACGAGGUAGAAAAGAGACGUAAGGGAAGGGAGGGCUGAGGUAAAAGGAACAGACAUGCAUACAGAUUCACAUGGGAAUGGAGUGAAAUGGAAAUAAACCAAAAACUGUACUACUGACAACUCCCUCCUUAAUGAUAGUCUCAUCGACAGAGUCUCACUGCUCUUCAUGGGGAUACCUUGGUUCCUAUAGGUGGACAAGCCCUCUCUAGAUUUACUUACCAUGGUGGAGCUUCCAUGGACAGCUUUAGACUUGUAGACUUGUAGACUCUCCAACCAAAGGAACGAUAUCACUGCUAAGCCGCCGUGUGCCGAUUGGCGAGGCACCGCCUCUGAUUGACACAGACGAUGGGCAUUUGCGAACGACGCCACCCAGUGUUCCAGAGUUGUAACUGUCACUUUUGUGAACAAACAUUUUCGACAUUCUUGUUGGACCUGUUGUUUGUGGUGACGAGAGUUGUCCAAUGUGUUAUUUUGUGGUUAUUUGACUUUGUGACUGACUUGGUGUUCUCUAACAUUUGUGUAGAGGCCUUAGUGUUAUGUGAAGCAUUCCCUGGUGUUUUUCUAUUUAUUUCACAGUGGUGUGUGUUCUAUAUUACUGUAUCAGUUUGUUCUAUAUCAGUCGAACAUGAAUCAACUGAAGUCCAGAGGGCUAUACAACGAAUAUAGCUCGAUGUAUUCGGGCUUUUCUGAAAUUAGCUAGCUUCAGUUAGCUUCACGUUCCAGCUCAGGCUUCACACAUGUUAUGAAGGCAGAUAUUGAUCGUUCACCCGCCGCUUACUUGAGCCGGGUUUGUAACUGCGCGUUCAUGUCGCACAUUGCUAGUCGAAAGCCAAACUGAGACAAUACUGAAGCAUUAGUCCAUGGGCGAGUCGGUGACACAUUUUCAUUUUUGCCAAAAUGUAAAUGAAAGGAAAAACAAACCUGUAAAUUCAGCAGGCUAUGGUGUGAAAUGGGCUAUUGCAGGUGUCGUCUGUCUUGCGCAUAUCGUUUAUUUGGUGUGCUUAGCAAUGCACGAGUGCCACGACUCCCCACUCCUGUCGAUAAAAUCAUUGUAUGAAUUCAUACGACAGUUUUACUGCACGUGAAGUUUCAAAUGCAUCCUGUCAUUACUAAAUGUGUUGUGUGAAAUGUAUUUGAGUAUUACUAUUUAUAACACACACAAAUUUCAUUGGCUCAAAGACUUAAUUCGGGAUAAAUUGAGUAAACACUGAGUUAGCCUUUCUGGGAGUAGAUUAGUUCUGAAUGAUAUAUAUUACAGACUCAUUUUGAAGUUCAGAUUUUCGAAUUGUGCUUUUUCCUUUUUUUUUACAAGAUGAUGUUAUACUCAAUAACUUAUAUUUCACACUCAAGGGUACAAAAGAAUGAGUGAGUCUAGCUCUUCACUUCUGUUAAUGAUAAGAACGGUCUGAUUUCUUUCAGACUGGGAGUCCUUCUAAAUGGCAUACAUAGUAUAGUGGAAAAUUAUAUAUUUAAAUGGAUAUAUGCCCAUAAACUCUCAAAGUUGACUCUCUGAGGAUACUGGUUUGGCUUGUGAUUUGCAAACAUGUUACAACAAACUACUUUUUUGCCUUUUCGUUCCGUUCGUUGGUGUUUUUGAGUGGCUUUGCUCGUUGUCUAUCUGAAAGGAACAGCUGCACUACCUAGCUACUUGGCUCAGAAGUGGAGCAUCACUGAUAGAGGCAGCAGGCACCCAUAUACCAACCAGCUCUAUGAACCAUGUGAAUGUGCUCUCAGUUGAACGGCCCUAAACCUUAAACUUAUCAUCAGUGAGAAUAUCCCCUUUCCAACUUAAGUCUAAAUGAGUUGAUCAUUUCAUUUUCCACGAGUGAAUGUAUCACCUAAGCCAAAGCCAAAACUCCUGAAAUAAUCAGGAUUGGUAAUGUGGAGUGUAAAUGAUAACAGCUCUGUGUGAUGUCAGGGAGACACAUCAUUGAUCAGUAGUAACUCACCCAAUGUCAGGCUUGAUCUGACUGGUAACCCAGCGGGCAACACUGGUUUCAGUAUAAUCUAUUUUAUGGCGUCGUAGUCAGGUUGUAUACUGGUUGUGUGAAAGAUUAUGCAGAAGUUAAUUAUUUUUAGCAAACAGAAAAAUAAGUCUUUGCCUGGUUGUAACAGAGACCAGUUGCUUGUAAUGUGGUUGUAUGAUUUCUUCUCAACCAGAAAACCAGUUUGCAACCAGAAAAUGACAUCAUUAAGACGAUUCCAAGGCAGGUCCGUCUGCAUACGGUAUGUGUCCACUAUGAAUGUGGUCACAUGGCUUCUUUAAAUGCGUUUCUGAUGCAGUAAAAUGUAUUGUGUUGUUUUGGUUGCCUUGUCUGUAUUUUCGAGGAGUGGGUUGGUCUUUGAAUUACUGUAUGUUACAAUGUACUGUUGUGUUUUUAAAAUAUGACAUUGGCGUUGGUUUGGGGGGGGAGAAAGAAAUGUUUAGUUACAUUGCCUGUCUUGUUUCGGGUCAGUUGAAUGUCUUUAUAAAAUUAGUUGAUAACCCACAUUUUCUUCUGAGUUAAUAGCAAUGUGUUAUUGUGCUUGAUGUAAUUUUGGCCGAAACGUGAUGUACUUUCCAUGUUUAGUUAUUUGUUAGACCUUACAAUCUAAGUGGGACUGUCUAUGCAUACAAUUGCAUUUUGUAUCACAGUAGGGCACAACAACCCACAUACUCGUAGUCUAAUCUACAGGUUACAUAUUUCUAUCUAUAUAUAAACUUGAAAUAAUAGAGAUAUAAGUACAAGGUCAAACAGUAAGUACAAACAACAGUAAAAAAAAACAGCUUCAAAGACUUAACACUUUGACUGCUUUUAUUUGUACUGUGUAGCACUUUGAAAAAAGUUAUUUGUCACAGAGUGCUUAAAAAAGAUGCUGACGAGGCAGAUUCUACACACAGUGUUAAGGAAGAAAUCUGCAGUGGUGGAAAAAGUACCCAGUUGUCAUACUUGAGUAAAAGUAAAGAUACCUUAAUAGAAAAGGACUCAAGUAAAAGUGAGUCACCCACUAAAAUACUACUUGAGUAGAAGUAUUUGGUUUUAAAUAUACUUAGGUGUUAAGCAAACUAGACGACACUAUUUUAUUUUUUACGGAGAGCCAGCACUCAGACAUAAUUUACAAAUCAUGUAUUUGUUUUUAGUGAGUCUGUCAGAGCAGAGGCAGUAGGGAUGACCAGGGAUGUUCUCUUGAUAAGUGUGUGAAUUGGACCAUUUUCCUGUGCUGCUUAGCAUUCAAAAUGUAACAAGUACUUUUGGGUGUCUAGGAAAACGUAUGGAGUAAAAAGUGAAUUAUUUUCUUUGGGAAUAGGUAAAAGUUGUCAAAAAUAUAAAUAGUAAAGUACAGAUACCCCAAAAAUGACUUAAGUAGUGCUUUAAAGUAUUUUUAAUGAAGUACUUUACACCACUGGAAACCUGAAAGGAAGCGGAACCAAAUGAGGAGUCUAUCUUUCUCUGGCAAGUCAGCUGAAAGUUCAGAUUUGAUAUGAUCCUGUAGGUUAGUAAUUUGUUAAUGUCAAGAGAUCAGUAUUAAACCUCCUGAAUCAAUGCAUGUUAGAGUCACCUCUGGCGGUGAUUAGAACUGUGAGUCUUUAUGGGUAAGUCUCUAAGAGCUUUGCACACCUGGAUUGUACAAUAGUUGCCCAUUAUUCUUUUCAAAAUUCUUCCAGCUCUGUGAAGUUGGUUGUUGAUCAUUGCAAGACAGCCAUGUUCAAGUCUUGCCAAAUCAAAACUGUAACUAAGCCACUCAUGAACAUUCAAUGUCGUCUUGGUAAGCAACUCCAGUGUAUAUUUGGCUUGUGUUUUAGGUAAUUGUCCUGCUGAAAGAUGAAUUUGUCUCCCAGUGUCUGGUGUAAUGCAGACUGAACCAACUUUCCCUUCAGGAUUUUGCCCAUGCUUAGCUCCAUUCCAUUUAUUUUUCUCCUUAAGAAAACUAGUCCUUGCUGAUUACAUACACAAAACAUGAUGCAGCCACCACCAUGCUUGAAAAUAUGAAGAGUGGUACUCAGUGAUGUGUUGUAGUGUUGGAUUUGCCCCAAACAUGAAGCUUUUUAUUCAGGACAAAAAGUACAUUUCGUUACUACAUUUUUUUUGCAGUAAUACUUUAGUGCCUUAUUGCAAACAGGUUGCAUGUUUUGGAAUAUUGUUAUUCUUUACAGGCUUCCUUCUUUUCACUCUGUCAUUUAUGUUAGUGUUGUGGAGUUACUACAAUGUUGUUGAUCCAUCCUCAGUUAUCUCCUAUUACAGUCAUUAAACUCAAUAACCGAUUUUAAAAUCACCAUUGGUCUCAUGGUGAAAUCAAUGAGCGGUUUCCUUCCUCUGAGUUAGGAAGUUCACCUGUAUCUUUAUACACCAUUCAACUUGUAAUUAAUAACUGCACCAUGCUCAAAGGGAUAUUUCAUUUCUGUUUGUUUUGUUUGACCUAUCUACCAAUAGGUGCCCCAUUGGAAAAUCACAAUUUUUCCUUUUCUUUGUGGUUGUAUCUGUGCUUGAAAUUCACUCCUCGACUGAGGGACCUUACAGAUAAUCAUAUGUGUGGGGUACAGAGAUGGGGUACUCAUUUUAAAAAUCACGUUAAACACUAUUAUUGCACAGUCAUGCAACUUAUUAUGUGACUUGUUUAGCACAUUUUUACUUAUUUAUGCUUGUCAUAACAAAAGGGCUGAAUACUUAUUGACUCAAGACAUUUUGUCUUUUUAUUUUUAAUGAAUUUGUCAACAUUUCUAAAAACAGAAUUCCACUUUGACAUUAUGGGGUCUGUGUCUAGAAGGGUGAUGCAAAAUCUUGAUUGAAUCCAUUUUAAACUCAGGCUCUAACACAGCAAAAUGUGGAAAAAGUAAACGGGUGUGAAUACUUUCUGAAGGCACUGUAAAUCUUCUAGUUUCAUGAGAUUGAACACAUGAGCAAAGCAACACUACUUAAUUUCCUUACAAUGGAUGUUUUUGGAGCAAUUACAGGCAUUUCUAAUCUCUGCUCAAAAACCAUCAUCUUCAAAAACCACUGUCUUAAUGACUACAGUUCUCAGAUGGAGGGGGAAGCAGUCAUCACUACUGACUACUUAUGACUGUAAAUAAAAUAAGUGUGGAUUAUACAGUUUAGCUAUAUUACUGACCGGGGUUGACGUCAAUUAAAUUUCAAUCAGGAAAAAAAAAAGUUUUCGAUGAAGAGUUUCUCAUCAGUAUAUUGAGAAAUCGUUAAAAAUAACUUUUUUAAUUAUUUAAUUUACAUUAUGAAUUGACAGAAUUAAUAAAAUAGUCCUGAACCCUG